AUGGGCAAUUCUAUGUCUAAAUUGAUGAGCCGGUUUUUUGGCAAUAAGGAAAUGCGUAUCCUCAUGCUUGGACUGGAUGCUGCAGGGAAAACAACAAUUUUGUAUAAGUUGAAGUUGAAUCAGAGUGUGACAACUAUUCCUACGGUUGGGUUUAAUGUAGAAACAGUGGUUUAUAAGAAUGUCAAGUUUAAUGUCUGGGAUGUAGGGGGGCAAGAUAAGAUUAGACCUCUUUGGAGGCAUUAUUAUACAGGCACUCAAGGCCUGAUUUUUGUGAUUGAUUCAGCAGAUAGAGAUCGAAUUGAUGAGGCACGUAAAGAGCUUCAUCGGAUUAUAGCAGAUCGUGAAAUGAAAGAUUCUAUUUUAUUGGUAUUUGCAAAUAAACAGGACUUAAGUGAAGCUAUGUCUCCAGCAGAAGUAACAGAAAAACUUCAGUUAUAUAAAUUUAAGGAUAAAAUGUGGUAUGUUUAUCCAAGUUGUGCAAAAACGGGAGAAGGUCUUUUUGAAGGACUUGCAUGGCUGAGUUGCAAUGCAAAAACUAUGUUGAAAAAAUAA